AUGAAAAUUGUCAGUUGGAAUGUCCGUGGGCUUGGGAACCCACGGGGCAUUCGAACUCUCUGUGAUUUGGUGCGGAGAGAAGCUCCUGACAUUUUGUUUCUCCAGGAAAUGCGUUUGAAUGCAAAGGAAUUUGAGGUAUGCAAAUUUAAAUUGGGUUUUGUUAAUUGUUUAGUUGUUGAUUGUAAUGGGAGAAAAGGUGGUCUUGCUUUAUUGUGGGGUAGGUAUAUUUCUUUAACUAUUUUGAACUAUUCAACUUGUCAUAUUGAUGCUCGGAUUGAUGAUGUUAUGGGUGUGGGCACUUGGUACCUCACUGGUAUUUAUGGUUUUCCGAAAGUUUCUCAACGUUUUAAAACUUGGGAUGUGCUCCGUUAUUUAAAUAGACGGGAUGGGGAGGCGUGGAUGGUGAUUGGGGAUUUUAAUGAAGUUUUGCAUCAUGAUGAAAAAUAUGGUGGUUUACCUUGGCCAAACUGGCAGAUAAAUGCUUUUCGGGAUGUGGUUGAUGAUUGUUUGCUAAAGGAUUUGGGGUUUAAAGGUAACCAGUUUACAUGGCGAAAUGGUAGAGGAGGUGAGUGGAGUAUUUGUGAGAGACUUGAUCGUGUACUGGCAAACCAACCAUGGUGCGAUUUUUUCCCAUCUGCAGGUGUUUCCCAUGGUGUGGCCUCUUAUUCUGAUCACUCUCCCAUUUGGGUGAUUACUGAAGCUGAUAGUGAUCAUGGGCAUUUUAAAUGCCCAUUUCGUUUUGAAGAAAUGUGGGUGGGGAAAAAGGGUUGUGAGGAUAUUAUUAAAGCCAAUUGGAGGGGUGUAGAAGGGGGUCAUGAUUUGGAUCAUAUUAUUCAUAAUAUUAAGGAGUGUGGGUUUCAACUGAAUUUGUGGAAUAGGAAUUGUUUUGGUAAUGUGCAGAAGCAAUUGAAGUUGGCUAGACUAAAUAUGGAAAUGCUAAAUGUCUCGGAUCCAACAAGAGAAUGCAAAACUGAUCAUACCAAGGCUAGAGAAGAUUUCAGAAAUGGUUGGAGCGAGACGAGGUUAUAUGGCGACAACGUUCAAAAGCCUUGUGGCUGA